AUGGGUUCCCCUUGGCUAUUUGCAGCUUGGGGCAUGGAUGUUAUUGGACCCAUAGAGCCUCCCGCGUCAAAUGGACAUCGUUUCAUCCUGGUGGCUAUCGAUUAUUUCACAAAGUGGGUCGAAGCUUCGAUAUACAAGGCAGUGACAAAGAAGGUGGUAGCAGACUUUGUUCGCGACAAUAUAGUUUGUCGGUUUAGAAUUCCAAAAUCAAUCAUAACAGAUAAUGCGGCCAACCUCAACAGCGAUCUUAUGAAGGAAACUUGUGAAAGGUUCAAGAUUACUCAUCAAAAUUCCACGGUUUACCAUCCACAGAUGAAUGGAGUAGUUGAGGCUGCAAAUAAUAAUAUCAAGAAGCUUUUAAGGAAAAUAGUGGACAGUCACAGGCAAUGGCAUGAAAAGCUACUAUAUGCUUUACUCGAUUAUCGCACCACAAUCAGAACAUUAACUGGGGCAACUCCUUAUAUGUUGGUUCAUGGUUCGGAAGCAGUAAUACCUGCAGAGGUGGAAAUACCAUCUUUAAGGAUUAUCCAAGAGGUUGGUCUAGACGAUGUGGAAUGGAUAAGUAGCAGAAAUGAACAGUUGAUGAUCAUCGAUGAAAAGAGGAUGGACGCGGUUUGUCAUGGACAACUCUAUCAAAAUAGAAUGACCAAAGCGUUCAACAAGAAAGUCAAAUCUCGACAGUUCACACCGAGGCAGUUAGUAUUGAAGAAGAUCUUUCCUCACCAAGAAGAAGCCAAAGGGAAAUUUGCACCAAAUUGGCAAGAACCCUGCAUGGUUCAUAAAGUACUCUCUAGAGGAGCAGUAAUCUUAGCAGAAAUGGAUGGCAGAGUGAACACAAAGCCAAUCAAUUCAGACGCCAUCAAGAAAUACUACAUCUGA